CUUUUAGCGAGUGCGUUUUCCGUCAUUUAAUGGAGGGAAACAAGUUUCACCCAACGUAUUGCUAUUCUGGAGCUGCUGCCAAAGCUGGUGCUAGAGUUGCUGCCAAAGCUGGUGCUAGAGUUGCUGCUGCUAGAGCUGCUGCCAGAGCUGCUGCUAAAGCUGCUGUUGCUGGAGUUACUGCCAGAGCUACUGCUACUGGAGUCACUGCCAGAGUUGCUACUACCGAAACUGCUGCUACCAGAGUUGCUGCUGCUACCGGAGUUGCUGCCAAAGCUGCUGCUGGAGUUGCUUCCAGAGCUACUGCUGCCGAAGCUACUGAUGGGGAUCUUGGCGGGGAAUGGGGAUCCCCGUGGGGAACAGGGAUCCCCGAAGGGGAACGGGGACGGGGCAAAAUCUACCGCUUGUUAAAAUUUCGGCCCCAUAGAAAUCCCCAUCCUGCGAAUAGUGGGGACCGGGAUAGGGAGGGACUCCCCAGCCCCGUGGAGUCUCGUUGACAUCCCUAACCCAAUUCCAUUGCUGACCUCUUUACUUUGCUUUUUUUUUUUUUUAACUACAAAGGGAUUUGUAGAUUAGGAUAUGCAAUUCCUAUGGGUUAAACUCAAUAAAUAGGCUAUUAAUUA